GUGAACUAAUUUAUUCUCUAACCUAACCUUAAAAUUCGAUUUCAAAUUUAUAGAAUAUAGAAUGGGUAUUUGAGAAAAAACAAACAGAUAAUACAACUUAAGUAUCAAUAUGAUAACAAGGAACUUAAUUUUUCAGUCUUCGAAAAUAUUUGGAAGGUCACAAUACAAUCUGCACACGUCUUCUGUAAAAUGUGAAAUUCAAAAAAUGACCAAGCUACGAGUAGUGGAUAAUAGUGAAAUUGGAAAACAAGCUAUGGCAGAAGGAAAGCCCCCGAAAUGUAUUCACGUUUAUAAUAAAACUGGAAUUGGGAAAAUAGGUGACAGAGUUCUUGUAGCCAUUAAGGGCGAAAAGAAAAAAGGUAUACUUGUAGGUUUGAAACAAAAUCAAAAACCAAAAGUGCCUAAAUUUGAUAGUAAUAACAUAGUGUUAAUAGAUGAUAGCGGCACACCACUAGGAACUAGAAUACAUGUGCCUAUUCCAACAAUUCUACGAACUAUUAUGAAAGAAAAAACGCAUAAUAAAGGAGCUGAUUAUACGAAAAUAUUGGGUAUUGCUUCUAGAUUUGUUUAAAUAGUUGUAUAUAGUAUAAUAAAUGUUAUUUUAAACUAA